AUACACCACUACAAUUCUAAAACAUGGGGAACACAGCUGAAGAGAAGCCGCAAAUCCCACUUCUCAAACCUUACAAAUUGGGAACUUUUCAGCUGUCACAUAGAGUUGUUCUGGCCCCGCUGACGAGGCAGCGGUCUUUCAAGAACGUGCCUCAGCCCCAUGCCGUGUUGUAUUACUCUCAGAGAGCAACCAAAGGCGGUUUUAUGCUGACCGAAGCCACCGGAGUUUCUGAUACUGCACAAGGAUACCCCGAAACUCCCGGAAUCUGGACAAAGGAGCAAGUCCAGGCGUGGAAGCCGAUUGUAGACGCGGUUCAUGCCAAAGGCGCCAUCUUCUUUUGCCAGAUUUGGCAUGUAGGCAGGGUCUCAAACACGGGAUUUCAGCCAAACGGGGAUGCUCCGAUAUCAUCCACAGACAAAGAACUAAGCUCACAAAUCCAGUCUAAUGACAUCGAUAACGCUGGAUUCUCGCCUCCACGCCGCCUCACAACCCAAGAAAUCCCACAAAUUGUCAAUCAUUUCAGAAUCGCUGCAAGGAAUGCUAUGGAAGCCGGUAAGCCACUCGUGAUCAUGCACCCAAAUCUAUCUACACUUGUUUCUUUUACCAAAAUCUUCGCCACAGGUUUCGAUGGAAUCGAGGUGCACGGCGCUCACGGCUAUCUCAUAGACCAGUUCUUGAAAGACGGGGUGAAUGACCGGACCGAUCGAUACGGAGGUUCUCUUGAGAACCGGUGCCGUUUUGCUCGUGAGAUCAUCGAGGCCGUGACAGCUGAGGUAGGGGCAGACAGGGUCGGCAUCCGCCUCUCGCCCUUCGCAAACUAUAUGGAGUCCGGGGACUCGGAUCCUAGCACUCUCGGCCUUCACCUGGCCGAGACGUUGAGCAGAUACGGGAUUCUCUACUGCCACAUGGUCGAGCCGAGGAUGAAAACUUUAGGGGAGAAAUCCGAGUGCCUGCAAAGCCUUGUGCCCAUGAGACGGGCGUUUAAAGGCACCUUUAUAGUCGCGGGUGGCUACGACAGGGAAGACGGGAACAAGGCCGUGGAGGAGGAUCGCGCUGAUCUCGUUGCGUUUGGACGCCAUUUCUUGGCUAAUCCUGAUCUGCCUAAGAGGUUUGAGGUGAAUGCUGCUUUGAAUAAAUAUGAUAGGAGCACUUUCUAUUUGCCUGACCCUGUUGUAGGCUAUACUGAUUAUCCAUUUCUUGAUGAAACUGCUUGAUUUCUGGAAGAUAGAUCAAUAGCCAAAUAAGGAAUUACAUAUCUCUAUGGUAUGAUUUAGUAAAUUAUCAAUAAAGGUGUUUUUUUAUGUUGCA